CUAAUUGACCAGCUGAACAGUUAUGGGAGCCAACAUGGAUAUAAGUUUCACCACCUUAAAUGUGUUCAACACGGUUAUGUUGUGACUCAGAAUACAGUGAGACAUCUGUUAAAAUUUCUUGAUCCCAGCGGUGUGGAACGAAGGCGGAGGAGGAGGCUGAUGCGACGCGUGUAUAUUAAUUCUGGACCUAAUUUCUUGUGGCAAGUUGACUCCUAUGAUAAACUGAAGCCGUUUGGUAUCUGUAUUAAUGGAGCAAUCGAUGGAUUUUCCAGACAAAUUAUAUGGGUUCAUGCUUUCUCCACAAGCAGUGAUCCUAAAAUUAUCGCUGGAUAUUUUAUAAAAGAAGUUGAGACGAGGAUGGGGACCCCUGUCCGAAUCCGGGCAGAUUUUGGAACUGAAAAUGUUGCGAUGGCAGACAUGCAGAGGUUCCUGAGAUGGAGUGCUGGUCGCUCCUCCAGUAAUUGCUUUAUCUCUGGAUCCAGCAAUCAUAAUCAGCGGAUUGAAAGCUGGUGGGGUUUUUUGAGGACACAUCAUGCUCAAACGUGGAUGGAUCGUUUUCAGAAACUGAAAGACGAUGAUUAUUUCUCUGGGGACUUUUUGGACAAACAACUUGUUCUGUUUACCUGUCUGAAGAUCAUUGAGGAGGAGCUGCAACAGGUUUCACACUUAUGGAACACUCACACCAUCCGUCACAGCAGAAAUGCAGUGGCUCCAAGUGGACGUCCAAUUCUUAUGUACACCAUUCCACAUCUGUUUCAUGGACGCGAACACCUGGUGGAGGUCUCCCGGGAGGCAGUGGAAAGUUGUAAACAGGAAUGUCGACAAAGAGGACCUUAUCCUUGUGAUCAAACUGUGUUCAGCUUGUGUUGCCUUAUAAUGUCAGAGAACUUCUUACUCUCACCAACCACAGCAGAUGAAGCCAUAGAACUAUACAUUUUCCUUAGAACGUACAUUCUUAAGGCUCUGUAAGCUGUGUCAAAGGUCCUGUCGCAUUAGGGUGAGGCUUCUUCAUGCCUCUGACAUAUAAAUGAUGCACUGAUUUGUUUUGUACAUGAACUUUUGGUUUGAAACCACAUAUAUAUUAGAACUGAAUUAAAAUAUAUAAUAUUUAAAAAUAAUAAUCAUUAUGACCUUGAAUUGCAUUCAUGCGCUGAAUAACUUGUCAUCAUAUUAAAGUGAUUGUCAGAAUUCCAAGAAUAAAUUAAGCAAAUUGUUGAGAAAAAA